AUGACAGACAUCGUCUCUCUGUCCACUCGAGUCACCUCGAGCACACCACUAUCGUCUCCUACUGCAUCCUCGCACGCCGACCCUGCCACGCGUGGCACCUGGGCCUCCAUCCUCACCAUAUGUGUCUGGAAUGCCCUGCACUUGGAUAUCCCCCUCCGGCCGCGCAGGUGGGAGUUGGUCGCCAAGUUGCCCUCGCUUGCGAUCGGGCUUCUCGCGCCAGACUACCUGCUGUACCUCGCAUGCUGCCAGCUGUACCCCGCAAAGCAUCUUUCUGCCUCCGAAGCGCGGUACUUGACGAGCCCAGAGUCUGGCGGCAGUGCGCUCUGGACGUCCAUCUAUACGCGAUUCGUGUGCUCUCCGGCUCCGGCACGCCCUCUGUGGCGCCACCAAGAAGAAAAGCAAGUCCAUGUCGUCGGCACCGUCGAGUCGGCGGGGGUCGAACAGGGCAUUCCAGACGCGCUGCCCCCGAACGAAGAGACAGAGGCGACCCCGGUCCUCGGAGCCGACAGCCGCUCAAAGACGCGAAAACACGCAUGGACGCUCGUGCACAGCUUCUACGCCGCCAUGGGCGGCUUCGUCCUGGACAUCGACGCGUCCCUCGUCCCAGCCCCAGCCCCGACGCCCCAGUACCAGCCCGGCCAAACGCGCUUCGCCCUCACCUCGCACCGAGUGCUGUUCGUCGUGCAGCUGCUCUACUUCUGCGCGCCGCGCGCAAUCGCUCCCGCUGAGCCUCCUCGCGGUCGCGACGGCGGCGCACGCCGUCUGGUCGCAGAAGCCGUUCGGCGUCGCACAGCCGCCCGUCGUCACGGGUGCGCGCGCAGACGAGGCCGCGGCGCACCCGCCCGUCGCGACCCGGUGGACGAGACGUUCCGCCACGCGGACCUCCUCCAGGCGUCGUCCGCCGGCGAGUCGGCGUCCCUCGAGGCUCUGCCUGCGACGAGCGACGCCACCGGCCGCCGCGCCCCUCUCUUGCGAUGCCACCCACAGAGGACGGUCGAGGGCGCCAGAAACGCGUCUGGAAAGGCACACCUUCCGUGGCCGCCCGGACGCAGACCAAACAACAGCCGCAACAGGCGCACACCGGCAGGUCCUCCGAGGGUAGCAGCGACCCGACACGCCGUGCACACACCACAGCCCAUGCGUUGGGCGCGCGCCGCGCGAUUUAGGGCACGCAUGGGAAACCCCCGACCACGUCCCCCGACCGACGCGCCGCCGUACCGGACGCUCGUCCCGGGGGCCAUCGCCGCCGCCUAGGGAGAAGAGCGCUGCGUUUCU